AGCAUAAUUCUAAGGAUGAAAUAGAACAACAAAAUAGGCCUUGACGUUUGACUUUGACUUUUUAAUUCGGCCUUUUUUCAAACAACUUUCCUCAAAAAUGAGCAACUACGACAUGAACGAAAUGACCCAUGAGCACAGAUAUCCAUCAUUUCAUUAUCGAUUGGCUGAGUUCCUUUUGGGAGGUGGUGGCUUUGCUACAGUUUGCAUGGCAAAUUUGAUGUCACGGAGGCCAAUUUAUUCAAGUAUAUACAGACAUGCUAUAGGUAUAGCAGUUGGAGCUUUUGUUGGCCACCAAAUGGUAGAAUACAGUAAUAACAGGAGUAGAAAGUUGCAGUUACUAUAUGAAGAUUAUGUUACAAGGCAUCCUGAUGCAUUUAGAGAACCAGAUCCAAAACCAAAGUACAAGGAUGUUUUGUUACCAUGGUUUCCAACACGUUAAUAUGAUUGCUAACACAAACUCUGCUUUAAACAUUUGCAGUUUGAUAAUAUUGUCAUUUACUGAAGAAAGAAUGUGUUUAAAAGUCAAAA